AUGGUCAUGCCUGAUGUCAUCAGCAGGGCCGAAGUGCCCGGGGCCGACGUCAGCGGUGGCGGUGGCACUUUUGGUGGCAACGGGUACAGCCCUGAGGCUGCGACCCCUGGCACUAGCACCAGCAGUGGCGGUGGCAGCAGUGCGGCGUCGGGCAAGCCCCUUGCCGCCACCUGGUCUGGCGCGCCAGGCAGGCGAGGCAGCUUGACGUGGCUUGCAACACGCGAGGGCGUUCUGAGUAGCAGCGGCAGCAGCGGCGCUGCUGACAGCGACAGCGGUGCCAGCGAGUCUCUUGCACCCACCGGCGCCGAUGGUAGCAGCAGAACCAGCAGCAGUAGCAGCAGCAGCAGCGGCGGCGGCGGCGGCGGCACAGCCGCCGCCGACGAACAGCAGCAGCCGCAGCAGCGGCAUCCAUCUGGUCGCGAGGGCGGCGUCGAGGGCGACGAGGGCGGCCCGGCUGGCGAGGACCCGCGGGAGGCUGCGGCGGUGCGUGAGGCUUCAGAGGCAUCCGCAUCGGACGGCUCCGACGCCGAGUCAGACGCGGACUCGGACGCGGCCGCGGCGGCGCUGGAGGAGGCGGCGCGGUGGAAGGGCCCGGUGGAGGGCGCCCUCGACGUGGCAGGUGACCCCGGCCUCAUGCUGCGGCUCAUGGACGUGCUCGCGCUCGGCAGCAGCAGCAGCAGCAGCAGCGCCCGCGGGGGCGGCGGCGGCGGCGAGCGCGACGGCGGCGGCAGCGGCAGCGGGGCCGAGUCGGGCGCGGCGGCGGCGGGUGUGCUGGGCACGCAGGCCGGCGCCGCAGUGGCGGGCGCGGAGGGAGCAGCGGCGCCCCCAGUCGCGCGACCGGCAUCGCCCGAGGUGGUGGCGGCCGUGGUCGUCGGCGAGGGCCGCGCCCGCAUGCGCGCCCGGCCCCCGGCGUUCUGCACCAACUGCUGCGCGCCGCUGGAGCGCCUGCCCAGCGGCGCGGACUCAGAGUGCGGCAUCUGCGGGCACAGGGCGGCAGACGACGCGCAGCUGCUGCCCCCGCGGCCCCCCGGGGGCUGGGGCAGCGCCGAAGCCGCGGCUGCGGCAGGCGCCGCCCGCGCCGAGGCGGCCGAGGCGCUGCGGCAAGCCGCGGGGCUCGCGCGGGCGGCGGGGGUGCCGUGCAGCCCGCCGGCGCGCGUGCUGCUGGCUUGGCACGAAGACUCUCUGCUGCACCGCGCCAUGCUGCCGCCCUACCCCGAGCGCCCGGAGCGCCUGCACGCGGUGCUGUCGCGCCUCCAGUCAACGGGCCUGCUGGACGUUUGCGAGCGGCUGCCGGUCGAGGAGGCGACCGACGAGCAGCUGCUGGCGGUGCACUCUGCGGGGCUGGUGUCUGCGGUCGACGCGUUGUGCCCCGAGACGCUCUUCCCGGAGCAGCUGGCCCUCGCAGCCGUGAGCGCCGCCCUCGGCUCCGAGAGCCUCGGCAACCGUCACACCGCGCGUGCUGCACGGCUCGCGGCGGGCGCGGCGGCGGGGAUGGCGGAGCGGCUGGUGCGGGGCGAGGCGGACGCCGGGUUUGCCCUCGUCAGGCCGGCAGGCCACCUGUCGAGUGAGGGCAGCGCCGAGGGCGGCAACCUGUACAACAGCGUGGCGGUCGCGGCGCGCGCGGCGCAGCGCGCGGGGGCGGAGCGCGUCCUGGUGCUGGACUGGGACGCACACGCCGCCAAGGGCACUGCCUCCAUAUUCGAGGACGACCCCAGCGUUGUGGUGGUGUCCCUGCACAAGGCCGGCAGCUGGUUCUACCCUGGCGGCUGCCCCCUCAACCAGGUCGGCCGCGGCGCCGCCUCUGGCACCACCAUCAACGUCGCCUGGGCCGCGCCCCCGCGGCCGCCCACGCCCGGCGCCGCGCGCCGCGGGGAGGGCCUCGCGCUGGACGACGUGCAGCCGGCCGGGGGCGACUUCCUGGCGGCGGUGGGGGCGCUGGUGGUGCCGCUGGCGCGGGAGUGGGGCCCCGACAUCAUCCUGGUGUCGGCCGGGUUUGACUCGGCAGAGGGGGACCCCGUGGGCUUGGGCAGCAUCCCCCCGCCGGUGUUUGCCCACAUGACCGCCAUGCUGCGCGCCCUGGGCGCACCAGUCGGCAUGGUGCUCGAGGGUGGUUAUGUGCUGAAGCAGACUGCGCUGUGUGUUGAGCUCUGCACCAGGGCGCUGCUGGGGGAGAGGCCGCCCCCGCUGCCGCCCGGCGCCAGUGUGCCGAGCCCUGUGGGGUGGCACACCCUGGCCAGAAUGCUGACGGUGCACCAGCAUUUCUGGCGGGGCCUCGGGGUGGCCGCGCUCGCCGCCGCCGCGGCCGGCGCUCAGGGCGGCGUCGCGGGCGGGGCGGCUGGCGGCGCGAGCGCGGCGGCGCUCGAGGCGCUGCUUGCGGCGGCGGGCGCAGAGCAGGGGGAGGGGGAGGGCAGCUCUGACUGGGAGGAGGUGGACGAUGACGGGGAGUGGGAGGAGGACGAGGAGGAGGGCGAAGAGGAGGGGGCGGCGGACAAGGUCCCUGGCUCGGCGGAGGUCGAGGCAGCAGGCCCUGGGGAGUGGGCGGGAGAGGCGGCCUAG